GCUCAGACGUGACGCCAGCUGAGUCAGCCAAGCACUUCUCAUCAUCAUCAUCAUCAUCAUCGCUCUUUGUUUGUUUGUUUAUUUAUUUAUUUAUUUAUUUAUGUGUCUGCUCAUUCAUUAUUUUUUUCCAAGUCCGGCAGAGCUUGUGCAUCUCCUAGUCAAACCAAGUUUGUUUGUUGAUUUAUUGACUGAAGUAUUUUCCUGUUUUAAAUACAUGAACAAAGGAGGAGGAGGAGAAGGUUGCCUCACAUCUGGAUCGUUCUGUACUCGAGACACACACACACACACACACACAGAGAGAGAGAGAGAGAGAGAGAGAGACAGAGACGGAGACAGACGUGAGGAUGUGUCCCUCCGCGGCGCACAAACGAUGAACACAGCGCGGGACUUCUUCAUUGAGCGGAGUGAGGGCGUCAUCAUCUCUCCCGCAGGCUCAUGCGGCUCUUACCGACUGGAACUGAGUGGCUCCAUUAUUUAAAAGAAAUUAUUUAUUUCUUGUCAUCGUUACACUCUGCUUUGCAUAAACCCAGAUGCCUCCCCUCCCUCUUGACGAGCGCAUAGUGGUCAUUCAGCGCCCCAAAAACUUAACCCUGUGUGAGAGUUCCCCACAAACCAUCCAGCAUCAUUCCUCUCAAAUAUCAGCUUCUGUCAAUGGACAAGUCAACCACCCUCCUCAUCUCCACUCUUCACAGUCCCAUUUCUCUUCACCCUCCUGUAAGUCACUGACUCUGGAAUGCAAGCGCAGAUCUUUGCGUGUGCAGAAAUCCAAAGGCGACCAGCCUGUCAUCCCAGCGGGUGCGAGACACAACCCCAGUCACUGCCAUAGCAAUGGAACAGUAACGCUUGACCCACGGCUGCCCUCCCACACGCAUACAAUUGAUAUCAGGGUGAGUGUGGACAAAAGAGGACGCGAGGGAGGAGCCAGUAACUCAUUAGGGCGCAGCGGGAGUGUAAAAGGUGGCAGAGGGAAAUGCACCUUCACACAGUUGGAUCAAGGACAAUGCAAGCAAAAGACUGGAACCACAGAGAGACCAGGUGGCGCUGAAUACAAGUCACAGCGAAGUCGUCAGCUGUCGACUUUCCCCGGAGGGGUCCUACAAUUCGUACCCGCUCAGGCUCAGCAGCAUCAGCUCAGGAGUGAAAAGGAGAAGGAAAACACAAAGUUUCAUACCAGAAGUGACCAAGAAUUUCCCUCUCUAGGUCACAAGAAGAAUUCCAAACUGGGAACUGUUCAUCAAAGCCAUAAUAGUAACAGCCUGCCCUACCACCGCAACUCUGUCCCUGUGCCCCAUGCUGCCAUCUUAAAUUCAAACUACCCCACAUCCCCUCCCUCCCAGUCUACCCAUGCCCCAAUUUCCUUUCAGCAACUCAGCCAGCCACAGCCAUCCCGCCCCAGGGAUCACCGCCCCCACAUUCUUCGUGGUCUUCCACUCUCCCCCUGCUCUUCCCAUGCCGGAGGCUUCCCCAGCCCUGACCACACCUGUACCAUUGACUGCACCCAUCCAUUCAGUUGUGGCUGCUGGAGGUUGGUAAGAUGCAGAGGGUGUAAGGCAAACUCUGCCAGCUGCCAGGGAGGUGGAGGAAGCUCUUCCACCUCAUUUUCUGGUGUUCAUAAUGUUGGAGGAUUGAAGAAAGGAGGCAAGGAAAUGGGCCUGAGAAAUCUAGGUGGGUGUCUCUCCACUGCCUCGACCUCCAACACCUCCUCUUCUAAUAGCACUGUGUCUGACUGCCGAGCAAAUCUAUUCAAACCUGUCCGCUGCACCUCCUGCUCCAGUGAGGCCAGAAACUUUGAGAGUCCUGCCGUCCUUCGCAAAAAACUGGUUGGGGGAUGUCUGCCCUGUACCCCUUUGUCCUCUUCAGCUCCUCUCCGGGCAAUUCAGAGCUGUGUCACAGGAUGCAACCCCAAAUCCUCUCAGACUGGUAGUUCCACCUGCAGUUACUGCAGCAGUGACCCCAUAGUUGUCACAUAUAACCCUCGUCGAGGAAAACCUCCAGGAAGAGGCUUUGGAGCGGCUCAGUCAAUGGGUAUGUUCCAAGCCGACGAUGAUGACUACAGUGUGCGUACGAUCUGGCCUGAAGAACUAGCCAAGAAGAUGACCCAUUCUAAAGCCCUAAGGAAUCACUGUGCUGGGGUGGGAACUGGGGUAGGAAGGCCCAAUCCAAGCCAGGCCCAAAAUGUCAGUAACGGAACAGGCCUUGUCCUCUUGGACUGUCAAAACCUCCAAUAUGCACAGGCUCAGCUCACAGAUCAUGCUGGCCGGCGGCGGUUGCAGCAAGGAAGAAUGGCUGCCCUUGAUUUUAUGGGUAGUAGGUCAGGACCUAGGUAUGAUGAAGGCCAGAACUCACUGAAGAGACUUUUGAAUAAAGGAGAAGAUGGAGGAAUGGAUGAUGAUUCAGAGCAAGAUGAAGAUGCAGCAUAUCCUCCUCGGUCCCCUUCUCCCCACUCUGCAUCCCCGCCAUCACCUGUGUCCUUUUCACCUCCACCAUCUGCCCCCAGCACACUCAUCAAACCAAAACCUUGGCAAAGAGACAGGGAGGGAGGACACUCUUUGCCCACAGCUCAGUCUCUGCACCUUGCCCUGAACUCCCUGAACCGAGAGCAAGAAGAGGAGAAGAGCAGAAUGCACCUUUCUUUGCCACUUUCCUCGUCCUUGCCUGCAUCUCUAUCUGAUGAGAGUGUGAUGACUCCUGACGCAGAGAACGCUGUGAUCAGCCCCAUCCUGCCAUUCCUGUUUCUGGGGAAUGAAAGAGAUGCUCAAGACCUGGACCUGCUGCUGCGCCUCAACAUUGGCUACGUGGUCAACGUGACCACACACCUUCCCCUCUACCAUGUCAACUCUGGACUGCGCUACAAAAGGCUGCCGGCCACCGACAACAGCAAGCAAAACCUUCGACAGUACUUUGAGGAGGUUUUUGAAUUCAUUGAGGAGGCAUAUCAGAGUGGACAGGGAGUGUUGGUACACUGCCAAGCCGGUGUGUCCCGUUCUGCAACCGUCGUUAUCGCCUACCUUAUGAAGCACACCCUCAUGACAAUGACAGAUGCCUACAAAUAUGUGCGGAGCCGUCGCCCCGUGGUUUCUCCAAAUCUAAACUUUAUGGGCCAGCUUUUGGAGUUUGAGAGGGACCUCAACUCUGGGGUGACUCCUCGUAUCCUGAUGCCUAAACUUAACGGUGUAGAGACACAGGUGAUGAAAGGAGACACCCCAGUGAACAGCACAAUGAGCGUCGGCCAAGCCAGGAAAUUGGUGGAGCAACUGAAGAUAGAGGCGAGUUUCUGCAGGAUAAAGGUAUCAAAGGCAGCAGCUGACCUGAUGGCGUACUGCGACGCACACUCCUGUGACGAUCCCCUGAUCACCCCUGUGCCCACCUCAGAGAACCCCUUCAGGGAGAAGAAGUUCUUCUGCGCUCUGCUUUGAGACUCAUCAGGGAUUGUUGCGGUUUAAAAGUACAGCUGUACAGUAUGUACAUGAAUGUACAGUGUGUACACGUACUUCCAUUUGAAAUAAGACAUCGAUGUACUAUAGUAACCUUGCAUAAAAGCUGCCGAUGUACAGUCCAUGAACAUGUACAAAAAUGGGUUGAACUGAAUUAUUUAUCUGAUAAAAUUAGAGGUGAAGGUCUGCAUUAGAACUUGACAUUUAUUCAAUAAAAAAAGUAAUAUCUAGACCCAAAACUACUAUAGAAUUAGAAAAAAAAAGUCACCUGGUUGAAAACAUGUACAUCUCUCAUGCUCAUACACAUCACAGGUAACUGCCAAAAACAACAGAGCAUCAAAUGUCUUUUUAACAGCCUCCACCAGUCAUAUGUUCUCAUGUUUGGAUUCUGCAGCAUUUGAAACUUUUUGCCUUGACGUUCAAUUUCCCACAUUAGGUCUAUGAUGGGUGACGGUGGUGCUACACGUCUCAGAUGCUGCUCUGAUAAAUUCUCGUCCAUAAAAUCCGUCCGUACAAGACCGUUUUAUUUUGGUGAAUAAAAGCACACAGAGGUAAAAACACACCUUUUUCAUCAGGAUGGAUAUGCUUAAGUAAAAGUCUAAAUACCAAAUGCCCCCCCCCCCCCAUCAGCAUUUAGAUUAGCUUCCAUAGUUACAACCCAUCUGUAAAAAGAUUGCUUGGCAGUUACUUGUAUCCAAGACUAUUUAUGAGUGGAUUAUAAAGACAUAAACAAUUCUUUUCAAGGUCUUACUAAGAUUUUAGCAGGUUUGCUCAUUUCUAUACUGUUGCUACAGUGUGAAUGUGAACGUGUAUGUGUGUGUGUACGCAUAGGUGCUACUGUGAAAAUGAAGCAACAAUUCUGUGCAUCAGAUCAGUCAUUACGUUUUUAUAGUUUAACAGCAAACCGACCCAAAUUAUAAAAAAAAAGGGCAACAAUUGAGGCCAUUAAAGCAGAAUCAGUUACCACGUUUGUCACAUCACAAAUGUCAACAAUUUUCUAAAGAAUGACAGUGCCAGGUGUACAUCAUGCAAACUGAUCAUGACUGAGCAGAGUGGGCUUGACUGGUUUGUAAAAAAAUAAAAGAACUGACUGAUGGUCUUUCCCUCUCCCUGUGAAAUGAGGGCAGAUGAGACCAAGUUGGCAGUUUGCAUUUCAGCUAAAAGGUUUUACUUUCUCCAUCCACAGGUGAACCAUGUAAAACCAAGCAUUCAAAUAAAACCUCCUGUCAGAAUUUCUUCCUCUAGUUUGUGAAAUUAUUUGAUAUAAACAAAACCUUAAAUGAAGUACAUUCUAUCGUACAAGUACAGCAAAUAAAGGCUUAAAAUAAUAAAGUACUCAAAUCUUUA